AUGUCCACCUCGCCACCGCCGACCUACUACGGCGACGUGCCGCACAAGCGUGGCCGCGUCGAGGACGACGACCCGCCGCUCGCCUCGCCCGCCAACUCGACCGGCCGACUCGCCGACCGCUUCCAGACGCUCGCGCGCAUCUCAGCCGAGGUCCUGGGCGACGACGACGACGAGGCGCAGGCGAUCAAGCGGCGCAAGAUCGACGAGCAAGGCGACAAAGGUCUGCCUCAAGGCCGGGCUCGCGGCGUGUUCGUCCCGCGCCAGGCGUCCAACGUCCGCAACUGCGACGGGUGCCGCACCCGCAAGACCAAGUGCGACCGGUCUCGACCUUGCGGCAACUGUCGGCUUCGCGGCAAACCGUGCACCUACUCGGGCCCCUGUGUCGACCCGUUCCUCUCGAUGCGCCUCGACAAGAACCUGGCCGACAUCACGCGCCUCAAGCAGCACGCCUUCAUGCUCGCCCGGCGCCUCGGCCUGUCGCAGGACGAGCUCGAGGACUUGAGCCGGGUCGCCGACCAGCUCUUCGAGGACGAGGCCAAGCGCACCAUGCCCCCGGGCAUGUGGCUCCCGAGCAAGCGACCGCUCGCCGAGGUGCUCUGCGGGCGGGACGCCGCACCGUGCGUCGCGCUGACGCCUCGAGCUGCGUCGACGCUGACUCGGCCGCACAAGCCCGUUCGCGCGCCCGCCUCGUCAACGCCGGCGCCGCCGCCACCGCCGCCGCGGCGCUACGGCGAGUACGACGUCGCUGCGUCGUGGUCGUCGCUGCAGCAGGCGCAGGCGCGCGAGCCCGUGCCGUCCAGGUCGGCGUCGCCACCGCCGGCCAAGCCGUCCUCGCCCGCACCUCCACCUCCUCCUCUUCCUGCACCCAAGCACGGCGACAACUCGGCGUUUACCUCGGUACCGCUCGAGCACGCCACUCGGCUGUUCGGUCCCGCCGCCGCACGCAUGACGAGCACGUCAGCGGCGAGCGGCCUCGUCACCUCGUCGCCCGCUUCGAGCACGUCGACCCCGCAUCCUCCGCCACGCCCGACCUCGUCCGUCAACCCGAUCAAGUGGUCACCUCCCUCGCUGGGCGCUCCCGUCAUGACGGCACCACGCGCAUCGCCAGCCGCCCUCGCGCCGCUCGCCAUCCCCGCCCUCGCCUACCGCUCGAUGCACCUCUCGUCGGCCGUCACGAGCCUGUCGUCGGCCGCCUCGCCCCUCGGCACCGCCUCGACGGCAUGGACGACCCCUGCCUCGGCCGCACCGCCCUCGUCGUCCUGCGCCGACGGCGACAGGGCCCCGACCCUCCCGCCGUUCCGCCUCGCGGCGCCACGCUCGUCGGCGUCCUCGUCGCCGCCGAGCGCAGCGCCAAAGGGCCCCGGGCCGAGGCUCGCCGGCUUUGCGAGCCUGAGUGCCAUCGCCGGGCUCGACUCGCCGGGCGGGCGGGCGUCGUUGUCGAGCCGCGAGGGCGAGGGUCCGAGCGACGAGGACCGGCGCUCGACGAGGCUCCCGCCCUUGCGCCUGCCGCCGAUGCAGCACGCCGACUCGUAG